AUGAAAAAAAGCAAAUCAAAAAAGUUAACGUCUCAAAGUGUGAAUACCACACGAUUUCCUGCAUUUGAAAGAUUAAGUCGUGAAAGAUCGAGUACAAGUACUGUAACAUCAUCCCAACAUACUUUAGUAUUGCUGGGAGCUUCGAGGGUAGGAAAGACUACCCUUGCAAGUCAGUUUUUAUGGAACGAAUUUAUCAAGGAAUAUAGACCAACAGUGGAAGAAUUUAACUGGAUUGAAUACAUCAACGAUGAUGGCAACGAAAAACUUUUACAGGUAAUUGAUACUAGUGGAUCGCAUGAUUUCUUGGCUAUGAGGCAUUUGUAUGCAAAAUUGGGUGAUGUCUUUAUUGUGGUAUUUGCUGCAGACGAUCCCAUAUCAUUUGACGAAGCUAAAGGUAUUGUUCAGGAAAUUCGAGAACGAAAUAAUAAGCGAGCACCAAUAUUUUUGGUAGCAAAUAAAAUUGACUUAUAUAAUUCAGAAGAAUUGUGGGCUUCAAAAGAAUUCAGAACUUAUGCUAUCAAAAAUAAGCUUCACUUUGCUGCUAUUUCUGCUAAAAAUACUGCUCAGGUGACCGACACAUUCCGGCGAGUUCUAGGAGAAAUCGGUAAUUUUCAUCCAUCAGAAAUGAAAAAACGUCGUCAGUCAAUGCCGAAUGCUCGCAAUAAUGGUGGCGUGGAAGUAAAUGAUAUCAAACGGUUAGCCCGCAGGCACGUUGUAGCAACAAUGACUAUUUCUUAUACGGGUAACUUUUGUCGCCUUCUCAUUCGUUGGAAAGGAAGUUUAUGGCGUUUAGUAUGGAAAGAAUUGCUCAUUUUUCUUAUCUUGUACUACUUUAUUCGGCUAUUUUACUAUCACGUCUUACCACUUUUUGAUCAAGACAAUCCCGAAAAGUAUAAAAAUGAAUUUGAACGAAUCGCAAUAAUGUUUGAUCAGUACACGAAGCUUAUACCUUUAACCUUUUUGUUAGGCUUUUACGUAUCCAAUGUUGUUAUCAGAUGGUGGAAGCAGUUUGAAUGUUUGCCUUGGCCAGAAGAUCUGUUAUCACUAUUAUGCAUGAUAAUACCGAAUAAUGACGAAAAAAGUCAACUGCGAAGACAUACUAUAGCUCGAUACGUAAACUUAUCCGCUGCCCUUGUCUACCGUGAGAUAUCAAGUAAGAUUCGACGUCGUUUUCCAGCCUUAUCAGAUUUGGUAGAAAGUGGACUUUUGACAGAUUCUGAAUUAAAAUCACUAACUGAAACUGCGCAAGAAAUAAAAAAUGUACGAUGGAUGACACCUCUUCAUUGGGUACAACAAAUAGUUACCGAUGAAAUCACCGAUAACGCACCAAAUGCAGCUCUCGUAAACCAAUUUAUUCAAGAAUUAAAAACUUACCGAAUAGCAUUUCGUAAAUUAUUCUCGUAUGAUUGGAUAUGCGUACCACUGGUAUACACCCAAGUAGCAGCAUUAGCAACCUACGCACAUUUUGGCUUUUGUCUACUAGGACGACAAUAUUUGGAUCCAUCAAAGAAUUAUAAAAAUUAUGAAGUAGAUCUAAUCAUUCCAAUAUUUACAAUCGUCCAAUUUUUAUUCUUUGUUGGUUGGUUUAAAGUAGGUCAGGACCUUAUGCGCCCUUUUGGUAUGGAUGAUGAUGAUUUUGAACUUGAUUACAUCUUUGAACGUAAUGUUACUACAUCAUUUGCUAUUGUAGAUCGACUUCAAAUUCUUCAUUAUGAGCCAAUAACCAGAGACAAAUUGUGGACUUUAGACAGUUCUGGAACAAUUUCAAUGCCACGAACUGGUGUGGCUGAUCGGUAUAAGCAACGUAAGCCUCUUAGGUACAUUCCAUCGUAUAAAGCUGGUGAAAAUCUCGAUACGGAAGGUGGUUUAAUGAAAUGCAUUGCGUGGAGGAAGAAAUGGCACGGAUAUGAGUGA